AUGGGUGAGGAGGUCACAGCAAAUUCGGUUACAACGUGGCCAACUACAUUAGAGACAACAAUGUUGACAACCUUGGCCCAGACAACCGAGGAUCCGAUGCCUACUAUUGUUUUCCCGACGACUCAGCCGUGUGACUUGAUGCCAGACCUGUUCUUUGUUCUGGACGGAUCUGGAAGUGUGAGCGUCUCAGACUUUAAUACAGUCAAACAGUUUGUUGCAGCAGUGGUCACGGGUUUCACCAUCGGUUUAAGUGAUACUAGAGUUGGUGUACUUCAGUACUCAAAUUUCAACACACUGGGGUGUAAUCUGGGAGACCAUGCUGAUGAGUCAUCUUUCGUCAACGCCAUUAACACCAUGACACGCCAGGGCGGAGGCACAAAUACUGGGGCUGCUCUGGAGUUCGCUCGGCAAAACGCCGCCUGGAGGGCUGCACCUACUCCAAAGAUUAUGGUAGUUUUGACCGACGGACAUUCAUCGGACAGUGUCGCCGCGCCGUCCCAAGCUCUGGCCGCAGACGGAGUGACCGUCUUCGCUAUCGGUGUGGGCAACUUUGACCAUUCAGAACUACUGCAGAUUGCCAACAACAACGCGGGGCGUGUGUUUGAGCUGACUGACUUUAACCUCCUGGCUCAGAACAUCAAUUGGAUUGCUCGCGCACUUUGCAAGGCACAGGAGCCGGGUCCCCGUCUUGUUGGAGGAUCCGGUGACCACGAGGGAAGGGUGGAAGUUUUCCACAACGGACAAUGGGGAACGAUAUGCGACGACAACUGGAGCCUUCAGGACGCCAAUGUCGUGUGUCGCCAGCUGGGGUUUUUUGCAGCUGAAGCAGCGACAUGUUGCUCCUCCUUCGGGAGGAGCUCGAGCUACGGGCAGAUCUGGCUGGACGAUGUUGCCUGUAGUGGAAAUGAACCGAACCUGUACAGCUGCAGCCAUAAUGGAUGGGGCAACCACAACUGCGACAAUUACGAAGAUGCCGGAGUCGUCUGCACCCAAAGUCAAUCGACACAAGAUCCGUUGACACCAGUUACUACAACAUAUCCCUGGUCUGUAACAACCCAAGGGCAGGUGACAACACCUGUUGAUGUCUAUCCUUGCAAUCCUGGUGAAUACCAUGUGUUGGAUGAACCAUGGCAAAACUUUGGACAUGGCCUCCGUAGUUUUAAUUGUUACAGUGGCCGGAACUUCAACGGCGAGUGGUACCGCUUCAUGGGUUCAGCCGGGUCCCAAAUGUUAGCACGUAAUCCCGAGAGGUAUUACACCUGCGGCACUACAUAUCCCCUGUGGAUGAACGGAACGCAUCCGACAGUUGCAGACGGAGAGGUGUCUCGUCAGUUAUGCACUUACCAGGGCAGCAGCUACCCCUGCAGGUACCCAGCAACCAUUCAGGUGAAGGCGUGCCGGGCCGGGUACUACGUGUACAAGCUGCACAGGACUGGUUCCUGCCACUAUGGUUAUUGUGGGGUCACAGGUGUACGACUGGUUAAUGGAACCGGAGACCAUGAGGGUAGAGUGGAAAUUUACCGUGACGGCGAGUGGGGGACCGUCUGUCACAAUAGUUGGGACCGGAACGAUGCCCACGUCGUGUGCCGUCAGCUGGGGUUCCCUGGUGCUGAGAGGGCAACAACUGGAGCCUCCUUCGGGCAGGGGACUGGACCGAUCUGGCUGGAUGAUGUAACCUGUAGGGGAAGUGAGUCAGAUCUACAAACCUGCAGCCACAGCGGAUGGGGCCGCCACAACUGCGGGCAUAAUCAAGAUGCAGGAGUUGUCUGUACUGACAUAAUAGACUGCUCUCAGUAUUAUGCGUCAGGACAGAGAACAAAUGGAGUCUACCCAGUUGGUUCGACGUCCUCCGGUGUACAGGCAUACUGCGACAUGUCAGGCGGAGGCUGGACCGUGAUCCAACGGCGGCAGGACGGGUCGGUUCCCUUCAACCGGACCUGGGAGGAGUACAAGCACGGGUUUGGGAACAAGAGCGGGGAAUACUGGCUUGGGAACGAGAACAUCUACCUCCUAACCCAACAAAAGAACUACGAUCUGAGGAUAGAUAUUAAAGACUGGGAGGGAAAUCGGCUAUCUCGUACGUACAGGAGCUUUAUAAUGAGGGGUGAGGCGGACAACUACCGGCUUUGGUUUCUGUAUUCCGGUACCGGGAAUACAGGAAACUGGCCUAUCCAUCGCGGUCAGAACUUCUCCACCGUGGACAGGGACAACGAUUACUGGAGCGGCGGCCACUGCUCUCAUGAAGAGGGAGGAAAGGGCGGCUGGUGGUUCAGGGAGUGCGGAUUCCCCAACUUCAACAGUUGCUACCGAGGAAGCUGUGAGAGUUCCUGUUCAGGUAGAGAUGGUCUGAGUUGGCAAUCUAAUGAAGGCAAGUGGCACCUGUUGAAGUCUGUUACUAUGAAGAUAAAGCCACGCUAAAACAUUGUUGAAUGGAAAGGAAUGUAGCCUAUGAUAUCUGAUUUAUCCACGUUAUCAUGACGGUAAUAACACAUACUUCACAAUCUCGACAUAUGAUCAAUUAAGAGAGAGAGAGAGAGAGAGAGAGAGAAAGAUUAAGAGAGAUACAAUUGUAUUGUUACAGCCAGUUUAGUAUGUUAGAUUGCGGAUUUAGUGAUCAUGAGGUGAUAUGAUUGAGAAGACCAUACAGAUGACCAAGUAACGCUCUAGACAUGCCAUGUAUAUAGUUGCCAUGUAUUGUAGUACUGCUGCACUAGCCGGUGAGUGCCUUCUUAUUUAGCAUGCAACACCUAUCUAUAUAGUAUAUACAACAUUAUCAGACCUAAGGCCACACCGAUUUAAUUUUAUGGAUGACAUCCUCUCAAGACCCCCAAAG